CGGCUUCCGUAGGCAGCUUUUUUCGGAGGAAACAAAAAUGAAGUAGAAGCUGUGAAGGGCAGAAGAGUUGAAACGGAUAGGGCUACCUUGUUUGGCGUCCGUUCCGCUUCGGUAGCUCCAGCCUCUCCGUUCUACCUCCAACUUGGCUUCGGCCCCCGCCGGCGGCGCCAUGGCCUGUUUGCGGAGCGGCCUGAGGAGCCUCGUGGGCCGGGGCGGCUCCCAGGUAUCUUUCGCUACAGGACCCAGGCAGCGUGAUGCUACAUUCUAUGAAUUUCGUACUUACAUUCUUAAACCAGCAAAGAUGAGUGAAUUCCUGGAAAACACAAAGAAAAACAUACACCUUCGCACAGCUCAUUCUGAGUUGGUUGGCUAUUGGAGCCUAGAGUUUGGAGGCCUGAAUAAAGUCUUUCACAUUUGGAAGUAUGAUAAUUUUGCUCAGCGAACGGCUGUUCGGAAAGCAUUAGCCAAUGAUAAAGAAUGGCAGGAAAAAUACAUCUCUCCCAAUAUGCCUUUUAUAGAGAAACAGGAAAAUGAAGUUACUUAUUUGGUGCCAUGGUGUAAAAUAGAGAAGCCUCCAAAAGAAGGAGUUUAUGAAUUGGUUACCUUUCAGAUGAAACCUGGAGGACCAGCCUUGUGGGGUGAAGCAUUUAAAAAAGCAAUUAAUGCCCAUGUCAAUACAGGCUACACCAAACUGAUUGGAGUGUUCCACACAGAAUAUGGAUUACUUAAUAGAGUUCACGCUCUUUGGUGGAAUGAGAAUCCAGAUAGUCGUGCAGCUGGUAGACACUAUGCCCACGAGGAUGCCAGAGUAGUGGCAGCCGUGCGAGAAAGUGUCAGUUACCUGGUGUCCCAGCAAAACAUGCUCCUGAUCCCUACAUCUUUUUCACCUCUGAAGUAGUCUCUGAAGUCUGAAGACCCGUCUUUCAGCAUGGAAUGAUGUGGAAUGAGAAAUGUCUUAUGAUGCUAGCACAGAGCACCCACAGCUGCUUCUCUUUCUGCGAGUGAGUCAGUCCUGUCCCUUGUGUUGCUGAAGUUAAAACUUGAUUUGGGGAAAUUGUUCUGUCCAUUGUCCCCUCCCCAGUGACAAUUCAGGGCCUACCAGUUUUAACCCCACCCAGCUUGAUUCCUCUUGAAGAUCUUUUUCCACUUGGUAAAUUCUCCUCAUUCGGAGGAAGGCUAGCCUCUCUUCUCCAGUCACAAUGUGAAAGUUGGCCUAUUAAUUGUACUGGUUGUCCCUUUUGUCCAUUAAAGUUUGCUCUAUAAUGCCUGAUGGAGCAUUAGGAUUAUACCUGAAUUACAUCUGUGUGUAAAAUAAUAUUUGAAUAUUUAUUCUGGAAAAAUUGCUGAAAUUGAACCAUUUAGAAAUGAGCUCACUCAAAUGUGUGUCUCAUUAUAGACCACUGCUUAGCAAAAAUGCUUGGGUCUACCUUUUUUUAGGUGCCUCAGAGGAAUGCAAUUGUGUUUAUAAAAAUAAACCCUUGCCUAAUAAAAAGUUCUAUGUUUCAUUAA